AUGCUGCUGUUCUGGGGGUCACUGCUAUGCUGGGGACUACUGUCCCAAGCCCAAGGAGAGGCCCAGCACACGCUCUUCCUGAGGAUCAGCAAGAACCAGCUGGAAAGAGACAUUUCGGACUUGUUCUCGGAACACCACAUUCUGGACCGCAUGGCCCGGAUACCUGUGACGGGCGCCAGAAGCAAAGGUGUCCCCAUCCUGGACCACCUACCCUUCGUAAAGAAAGGCCUCUCCAAAAAGAGCAGUGGGCUUGAUCUGUCGCUGGUUGGGGACCUGCUCUCAGGGAAGAGCCUCCCACUGCUAGCACAGCUGCUCCGGGCAGGCGGGUUGGUCAUAGAAGACGCCAAAGGACCCGAGGUCACCCUGCAAGUCCUGAGCGACAGCCUGCUGCAGGUCACAUUGCGGAGCAAACUGUACCUGUCGCUACAGAGGAUCCUGCGGCUCCAAGUGAUCAAGAACAUCCGCAUCGGGGUACGGCUGGCACAGGCGGGGAACAAGACCAAGCUGGCCUUUGAGGAGUGCCAUACUGCACUAGGAUUCCUGAGCACCAAGGUUCUGGAACGGACGGACCCCCUCCUGGUGAAUGAAGCUCUGACGAUGGUGACAGGUGUCCUGGACAAGGCAUUGCCCUUCCUCCUGCAGAAGAUAGUGUGCCCCGUGGCCAGGGCCCUGGUCAGCCCACUGCUAGAGGGCCUGCUGCACAUCAUUCUGCCCCCGACCAUCUCAGGCCCGGGAGACUUCCAAUACUAUGUCACCACCACGGAGUUCACAGAGGAGGCCAUCCUGAUGAAAGUCCAGCUUGUGACUCCCUGUGGCCCAGGCCAGAGAGCCCCAAGGUUUGACCUCCUGGCCCCCCAGCACCUCCCAAACUUAGCCCAAGGCAGCAUGGCAGACCUGGCCUUUUGGCUGGAAGCCUACAAUGACAUCUUGUCCUGCCUCUACACCAGCAAGGACAUCUGCGUGGACCCCCAGGACUCCACGGCUACCGACCUCAUUCAGCUGUUGUCACUGAGAGAAUUGGAGCCCAGGCCCAAGGCUUCGACACAGCCCCGAAGAAGAAUGGGACUGACCAUCAGCACCCCUGCCCCUCCCACUGUCCGUCUUGACCGUCACACAGCCACAGUCAUCCAGCCAGGCUCCAUAGUGCUGCUGAGGCCCAGUAACACCUCCUCUGUCUCAGUAUCCUGGAAACUCCUUUCAAAGGCUGUGUUUUCCUCAAGAAAUCGGAAAUUAAAACUACAGUUCACUCCAAACAGCACCAUGGUCACCCUGGGCCCUUACCCCGCUGACCUUGCAAAGCAGGAAGAAGGUCUGAGGGCCCUUGUCUCGGAGCUCCUGAAGAGGGCGUUCUUGCCCCACCACAACAAGUUGCUCGGUGAGCAACACCUCCCACUGCCCAGCAUCAAGGGCAUCUCCUUCAACCAAGCCCGAAUGGCACCCUCUGAGGUAAAUGCUGGCUGGGUAAAGAAGCUUCCCGAGACAUGCAUGGUCAGAGCUAGAAGGGCCUUAGCAUCCUAGAGAGGCCUUUGUCCCUGUCCUGCUGAGGGAGGAGCUGAGGCCUGGACAGAGGAGGCACUCCAUACGGUGAGCCCUCCACCUCCCUUAUCUCACCAUCUCCUCGCAGCCAUCCUGGAGGUGAUGCCCCGUUUACAGAUGAGAAAACUGAGGCCUCCGGGGCUAUGUGAAU